AUGACCACAGCAGCCGUGUUCGGAUGCACCGGCCUCGUCGGCGGGCACAUCCUGGCCACCGUCCUGGCCCACGACGCCUUCGCGUCGGUGUACACCAUCUCGCGCCGCCAGCCCAAGGCCGGCGAGUCCUCGCCCAAGCUCCACGCCACCGUCGAGGCCGACAGCGCCAAGUGGGCGUCCGAGCUGUCCGCCCUCUCGCCCUUCCCGAGCACCGUCUUCUCCGGUCUGGGCACCACGCGCGCCGACGCCGGCGGCAUCGCCAACCAGUGGAAGAUCGACCACGACCUCAACGUCGAGGUCGCCGAGGCGGCCAAGGCCGGCGGCGCCAAGACCUUCGUCUUCAUCUCCUCGGCCGGCACCAGGGGCCUGCUCAGCGGCUCCGUCCCGUACUCCAAGAUGAAGGUCGGCGUCGAGGACAAGGUCAAGGAGCUCGGCUUCGACCAGGCCAUCAUCGUGCGCCCGGGCCUCAUCCUGGGCGACCGGGAGAAGUCCAAGCCCGGGGGCUGGUUCUUCAACAGCCUGGCUCACGGCCUCGGCAGCAUCGCCAGGGUCCUCCAGGACUCGUGGGCCGUGGAGGGCGAGUACAUCGCCAAGGCUGCGGUCCAUGCCGCGCUGCUGGCCGAUCAAGGCAAGGCCCCGAGCAAGUACUGGGUUCUGGAGCAGAAGGACAUUAUCAGGCUGGGCAGAGACGAGUGGAAGGCCUGA